AUGGGUUCAGCUACUGUCAAUGGCGUUCCUGCACAGGAUGCCAGCCAACCCGGCCCCGCACUGCGUUUCGCAGAUGUCGCGGUAACAGCAACAGCAAAGGAGUUUGCCGGCAUCUACCGAAACAAGCAGUACCAUGAGCCCGACUUCUCUGCGGUGCUUGACAGGGCGCUGGAGGCAGGCGUCAUGAAGGUCAUGUUGACUGGCAUGUCACUAAGUGACGUCGAGUUCAAUAUGGCCAUUGCACGGUCACGGCCCCAACAAGUCCGUACCACCAUCGGGAUACACCCAUACCACGCCUCCGAGCCGUACUCUGAAGAAGGCCAUUUCGACCGGCUAGCAGGUGCUGUCCACGAUGCUUUAAAGGCUAAGCCAAGCCUCCUCGCUGCAUUUGGAGAGCUGGGGCUCGACUAUGACCGAACAGACCGCUGUCCCAGGGAGAAGCAGAUCGAGACUUUCAAAGGCCAAUUAGACCUGUUUGUGGCAAACAAGUUCGACCUGCCGCUCUUCUUGCACUGUCGCGCUGCGUUCGACGACUUUGUUGAAAUCAUCAAGGAGUACUUGCCACAUCUUCCCCGGCGCGGCCUUGUGCACUCGUUUGUUGGCACCACGGGUCAGAUGCAGACUCUCACGAGCUUGGGGUUCGACGUGAGCGUUAACGGCUUCAGCUUCCAGGAUGCCGAUAGCCUUGAGAUGGUCCGCAAUAUCCCUAUGGACUACCUACAGAUCGAAACGGAUGCACCUUGGGGAGAGAUUACGGCGAACUCGGAAGUAGCCAAAAGGUAUCUUGGCGAUGCACCGCCACUGCCUGCCAGCAAGAAGCGGGACAAAUUUGAGAUGGGUGUCAUGGUCAAGGGUCGGAAUGAGAGCUGUUGCAUCAAUCGAGUAGCACUUGCAGUCGCAGGAAUCAAGGGAAUAAGUGUUGAGAAGGUCCGCGAAGCCGCAUGGGCAAACAGUUCAAGGAUGUUCGGCUUAGAGGAGAAGGACAGAGAUGGAACGUCUACUUAG